AUGACCAUAGGGCAUCUAACACAAGAUGAGCUGCGAAAAGCGAAAGCAUUCCUGGUAAGACUAGCACAACAGCAAGCCUACCCGGUGGAACUCGCGGUUCUUUCUCACAACCGUAACGUGUCACAAGCAAAACAGAAAGCUUUAGAUAAAAGCAGCCCGUUGUACCGGUUGACGCCGCUCGUUGACAGUGCCGACGUUCUUCGAGUAGAUGGGCGAAUUGGAGUGGCCAAGCAUGUGAGUAAAGAUCUCAAAUUUCCAGUUAUCCUACCGGCAAAUCAUCGGGUGACGAGUUUGAUAGUGGAUGCAUAUCACCGAAAGUUUCAGCAUGCAAAUUCAGAAACAGUGGUGAACGAGUUGCGGCAAAUUUAUUAUGUGCCUCGACUCAGAGCGGUUGUUCGGAAGGUUGUGUAUCGAUGCAACGUUUGCAAGCUGCGAAGAGCAGUCCCUAGAAUUCCACGGAUGGCGUCACUCCCUCCAACCCGGCUAGCCACAUAUACCAGGCCAUUUACCUAUGUCGGACUGGAUCUGUUCGGGCCAUUGAUGGUGAAGAUAGGGCGGAGUACCGCCAAACGGUGGAUCGCACUGUUCACCUAUUUCACUAUUCGAGCGGUACAUUGCGAAGUAGUCUACAGCCUUUCGACAGACGCAUGCAUUAAAUCUAUUCGACGUUUUGUAUGCCGUCGUGGUGCUCCGGCAGAAAUACACACAGACAACGGCACCAACUUUCAGAGCGCUCAACGGAUGCUGAUGCAGGAGAUCCAGCAGGAUAUUGCCGCAACAUUCACCAGUACGGUAACCAAGUGGAUGUUCAUCCCUCCUUCGUCGCCCCACAUGGGUGGAGCGUGGGAACGCAUGGUGCGAUCGGUGAAACAGGCGAUGAUGGGCUCGUACAACUUCGACCGGAAAUUGGACGACGAAUCACUUCUUACGCUCGUCACAGAAGCCGAAAGCAUCGUCAACAGCCGACCGCUAACCUAUCUGCCUUUGGAUGCGGAAGAAAGUGAAGCGUUGACCCCGAACCACUUUCUGUUGGGGUGCUCAAGCGGUAUUCGUAGCUCUGCUGUUGAGAAUACUAGUAGUGUGCAAGCUGUGAGAAGUUCUUGGCACAUGAUCAAGCACGAGUUGGAUUGUUUCUGGAAGCGGUGGAUCAGGGAAAUGUUGCCGAGAUUGACGAAAAGGACGAAGUGGUUCGAUGAGGUGAAAGUGGUAGCAGUUGGAGAUCUGGUACUAGUCGUGGAUGAUGGAAAGAGGAAUAGUUGGAUCAGGGGGCGUGUGUUGGAGCUCGUACCUGGGAGCGACGGACGGAUCCGGCAAGCCAUUGUGAGAACUGCGGGGGGUUUGCUGCGUAGACCUGUCGCUAAACUUGCGGUCCUAGAGGUAAAGGGUGAUGGUAAAACUGGGACCGGUGGCCAGUGUUACGGGGGGAGGAUGUUACUGCUGGGCCAUUGUCUAAAAUCUGAGGUCUGCGCAUUUAGCGUGUAG